AUGCUGAGCCCCCGCCGCCUCUGCAGAGGUCAGCCCGCCGCGCACCCAACGCCGCCGGCCGGGGAGGAGGCGCGGGGCCGGCGCGGGGCAGGGGACACGGCGCUCCCGGGGUCCUCGGCCGCCCGGCCCGCGCGCUCGCCGCGCCCGCCGCGCUCCGCUCCGCCCUCGGCUCUGCCUCCCGCCCUGCGCGCGGCGCAGCUCCGGCCCCCUCCCCCCGCGGCCUCCCCCGCGCCCGCCUCCCGGGAGGGACCUCGCCGCCCGCGGCCGCUCGCCCCCGCGACGCCGGCCGGACCCCUCCCCGGGGGCCGCAGGGCCCGCUCGCCCCCAUCUGGCCAGUGCCGGCCCUGGCUGCCUGCCCGGCGCCCCUGGACCAAGGGCCGCGUCCCGUCCCGACCCGCCGGGGCGAUCCCGGAGAGGCCCCGGGCUUCCUUCCGCUCUCCUCCUCCCCACUUCUCAGCUGGAGGCCCCUCCUCCCCGCCCUCCCGGGGUCGCCGGGUGAGGGGCUGCGGGCAGGCUGGUCAGCACCCAGCCUCCUACGGCAAGAGGCUGCCUUUAGUGGAGGGGCCGCAGGGUCGCUGCCAGGGAGGUCACUCCGGAGCCAUGGCCACAUGGCGCAAGGAUGGGGCCCAACAAAGGCUAAAGGAUCCCCCACUGCGGGGGCAGGGCCAGCCUCAGCCCCAGCUCUCCUCAGGGGUGGGCCACGAAGCUCAGAGGCCCAGAUUGGGACCCCUGACGUGGCUGCCCCAUGUCGCUGGGUGCGGGGGAGGGGUCACUGGGCCAGCCCAUCGUCCACAGGCCGGGGACAGCACUGCCCACAGAGGAGUCCCCACACUUCCCCACGGGGGCCCUGAGAUUUUCCAUGGCUGCGGAAACCAGGAGGGGUCACCAGGCAUGAGCGGGUCCCCACCCAGGGAGCAGGUGCCACAUUCCUCCAGAGUCCCAGUGGACAGGAGGCCCUCGGGGUGGUGCUAG